AUGGACAUGUCUAAUGCUCUCCGUGACAAGCAGCCCAGCAAGCUGAACGAGUGUCUGGAUACCAUACCCUCCUCACCACCUACUUUGAAUGCAUCUCUAGAUACCCUCCCUGCGUCCCCUCCAUCCCUGAAACCGAAAAAGCGGCCCCCAGUAACUCCAAGGUCUUUCAAGAGGUUCUUCACUCCCAGAUCAUCCCUUCACGGCUCCAGUACGCGGUCUGGCGUAAGAGCAGGCCGCAAUAACCUCAAAGAUAUAUUAACUCCGCCUUCCUCAUUAAAUCGCAACGGGCCGGCGUUUCUCAACCUCCAAAACGACAACAAAUCCAUAUCCAGGCAGUUUCCAGAUCAACCAUCCACUCCAACCAGGAAAAGAAAGCUUUCCUUCUGUACUUCAAGCCCACCUUUGCAAUCGUCACCUUUGAGACGAGUCCGAACUAUUCCAGCAAUUUAUACCGAUCCAAUUGAUAGGAAGGAGGAUAUAGAGGAGGCCACAUCCACAUUCAAUACCAUUAUAGAAGAACCAAAUGAAGAAAAAGUUCCUGAGCCUAUACCUUUGCAUCGAUCGCAGGCCAUUCAGGCUGCCGGUCCAGCCCUCCUACGCAACCUAGCCAUUAGCAGGUCAUCACGGGUAACUCUCAGGUCGCCUUCCUAUGGUACAGCGAAUUCUUUAGUCGCUGUAGGAGAUGAAGAAGGGGGUAUCCGCAUUUUAGAUACAGCCAAAGGCGAUAAGGCUGGAUUCUCACAAUCAUUCUUAACUUUCCAACCACAUAUGAACUCGAUCAUGGACUUAGAAUUUUCGUCCGACGAUAAGCUCUUAGCAACAGCUUCGGGCGACCAAAGUUCCCACAUCAUUGACAUGCCUACCCAAACCGCUGUUUAUUGCUUGUCAAAACAUUCUUCGUCCGUCAAACGCGUGCAAUUCCAGCCUGGGUCUAACGGAAACGUGGUUGCUACUUGCAGUCGAGAUGGAAGCAUUAACAUCUGGGACCUUCGAUAUAAGGCAUUUGAUAAACCAUCACUGCAAUUGCAUUGCUCGCUUGCAUCUGAUGGCGAUGAUACAACGCGGAUAUCAACCGCGAAAAUGAAGUAUCCUCAAGUGUCUAAUAAUAUCCGAGGGGCUCACUCCGAGCGACCGCGUUCUAAGGGACAGUCUGAAUCCCAAUCCCAUCGGGAAGAUAUCUCAGUCACCUCUAUCUCUUUUCUUCAUCCUGGCCGAGAACAUUUAUUCGUGACGAGCUGCGAGUCAAACGCCUGCGUCCGGCUCUGGGAUAUGCGCACUAGCUAUUCCCUCCGUCGAAAAAUGUCGACGCCUGUAGCCAUUACGAGACAACCAGAGAGCCAUUCACGAUACCGACAAUUCGGCUUGACUUCUCUGGUGUUCAACGGUGAUGGAAAUCGCCUGUAUACGUUAUGCCGAGAUGGGACUGUUUAUGCCUAUUCAACUCCCCAUUUAAUUCUCGGAAACUCCAACGAACUAUCCCUAUCAAAUCCACCACUCCGCCGGUUCCCAGGUGAAGAGCCCAAAGCUGGGCUUGGUCCACUUUACGGUUUCCGCCAUCCCCGUCUUUUGGUUGCUACAUUCUUUGUGAAAAUUGCGCUCCGCCAAGCGCAAAACGAUAACACGGAGCUCCUUGCUGUCGGCAGCAGUGAUAAUUGCGCCAUUGUCUUCCCUACAAACGAGCGCUAUUUCAAGAAGUCUUUGCCGACUUCAGAGAUCUCCCUUCCAACAAAUUCCAUGCCUGGUCCAAAGGGGUUCGGCGGUCGACGCAUUGGCCUGCAGAGAACAAAGUCCGGGACCAGCCUAUCCGCACGAUUGGAACAUGAUAUUCCCAUAUAUCAACACGGCUCACCUCUGGUUGAGGGACACCAAAAGGAAGUUUCUGCUGUCUCUUGGACAAAUAACGGCGAAUUGGUGACCGUAAGUGACGAUUUACACGCCAGAUGCUGGCGUGAAGGCCCUGAUGCAAGGGACCUGAGACUUGGAGGCGAGGCAGGAGGGAGGCGAUGGAACUGCGGAUGGGCUGAAGUGAAUGAUCCAGAGUAUGAUGAGGAAGAGUGCUGA